CGCUGUCUUUUUCUAUAACCUUUCUCUAUCCACGAACAUAUGAUUCUCUAAUCCUAAUCUACGUAUCGUUUAUAUCAGAAUUCAAAAUACGAGGGUAAGGUUCUGAAAUUGAUCCUCUCGUUUGUAAGAUGGAUGUCGCGCAUCUUGAGAGAACCACGAAAGCAAAAAAGGACGAUGCGGUGCGAAAAAUAUCGAGACCAAAAGCAGGCGAUAAUCUGGAAAAAGCUGUAAAAAAUGUGCAACAUAUCUUGAAGAAAAAGAAAGCACUAGCUAAAGCUGCCAAGAAAAAGAGAACAAGUUCAACAAAACGUAAAUCUAUACAAUCUAAAGUGAAAAAACCGAGACAAAGAGGGAUAGUUUAUGUAGGACACAUACCUCAUGGAUUUUAUGAAGAACAAAUGAAAGACUACUUCAAACAGUUUGGAAAUGUAACAAGAGUACGAGUGGCACGAUCCAAAAAAACUGGGAAAAGUCGUGGCUAUGGUUAUGUAGAAUUCCUUUACUCAGAAGUUGCUCAAAUUGCAGCAGAGAGUAUGAAUAAUUAUCUCAUGUGUGGUCGAUUAUUGAAAGCCACAUAUAUUCCACCGGAGAAGCAGCAUUUUGGAUUUUUCAUGGGAGCAAAUUGGACAGAAGAUGAAUACCCUAAAUUGAGAAGCAGGAGUAAGACAAUCUUACGUAAAAACCGCGUUCAAAGUGCUGAAGCUUACAAAAAGUAUAUUAAAAAUUCACUCAAUAAGCUUUCUAUGUUAGAAGCUAAACUGCAAGACAAAGGAAUCAGCAUAAAAUUUCAACCCAUUGAUGUACCAAAGUCGUAAUGAACAAUAAAAAUUUAUACAGUAAA